AUGUCGGAUAUUCAAGAUCAUUUGAACGUUCUCCUGGUUUGCGCUUCGGAGUCGGAGCUGCAGGCUGCGAUAGCAGUUCUAGAGAACGGAACGAACGGCAAGUUUGAAAACAAAGACACACAUCUCACCGAUCUCAGCAGGCUCAACGUCAGAGUGUGCGAAGAAUGGAAUUCUACAGAAACGAAGGUGGGCGUGGUUGCACAAACCGAAAUGGGAGGGGCCGAGAGUCAAGUGUUGCUUUCCAAUCUCGCCAAGUACUUCACGGCUACUGUAGUGGUGAUGACGGGGAUCUGCGCUGGAGAGGAGAACAGACAUGGUCACGUGAAGCACGGUUGUGUAUUAAUCGCCAAACGAACGACAGCAGAGAUGGGAGGGAAGGUGCAAGAGGGCAGAGAUUACCAGGCUAGAGCACAAUACUGUGAGCUCGACAAAGGUAUUCUUGCGUCAGUGAAUGAAUUGGUUCACGCAGAUUCUGAACUCUGGUUGAAGUACAUUCCAGAGAACGUCGUUCGUCCGAGCCCUCGUUAUCUUCAACAACUUAUCCUAGACUUUGCGAUGAAGAGUGGCCAGGACGGCAUUAGCAAGGGAGAACUACUGGACAAGAUGGUGGAAAAGAAAUUACCUGGAAUGGCUACGAUGAGUGAUGCAAAGACUCGUGUUACCUAUGAUGAAAUUCUGGACACAAUGAUGAAAUCGUCAUCUGCUUGGGUUAUUGCGUCACCAACAGCGAAAUAUAGGUACGUUGCUACUGACGAAGGAAAUGGUUAUGCAUCCAAUGAAGCUAGUUUUCCGCGUGAAGAUGAGAUCAUAGGCAUCGUCGAUUCAAUGCUCUCGUUGCCAGACAAGCAUAUGAACCUGAAGGCAGAGUUGAAUGCCUACAAAAAGCGCGUGUCCGACAGAAAUGUGAAGGCAGUAGACAUGGAAGCUUACUGGUUUAUGAAACAAGCCAUUGAGAGCUUCAGGCGAAAACGGGUACCAGGCAAAGCAGUUGUCAUGAAAGGCAUCUCUAACUAUGGCUCUAGUGCAAGCAAAGGAGACUAUUUUCAAGUGUAUGCUGCCAGCACGUCUGCUGCCUUUCUAAGGCACUUGAUGACAGAAAAACGACAUCUAUUUGUUGAUGAGGAAUCACAAACAACAAAAAUUCAAUUUGGGCAAUCUCAACAAGAAGAAAUUGCACAAUUAGCAAAUGAGGCGACGUCUAGUUGGGGUUCUGCAUCACGAGAAUCUCCACGACACAAAGCAAGGCGACAGCGGACAGCACAUUUUCCGAUUGAACUGGAAAAAAGAAAGUUUCCUUAUAUUUGUGGUCGAGACGCAAUUAUCACCAACUUAUCGCAUUAUUUCUGGCAAGGAGAUCACGGAAAGAAAGAGAAGGUUGACAUUAGCGAUUUUCGUUUGAUGUGCAUUUGCGCUCAAGGUGGAGCUGGAAAGUCAUGUGUAGCAGCCAAAUAUGCAAGGAAGUACAGAAACUGGUACGAAGGAGGAGUUUUCUUUAUCAGCUCAAGAACAAGCGCAUCCAUACGAUAUUCUCUUUACAAAUAUAUAGUUAUUCUAAGUUGUGAGAAAGAUUACGUUUCAAGUCAAUCAUUGGAAGAAAUGAACGCGCUCUUUUUUGAUUUCGUAAGUCAACGCGGAGGCAAUGCUUUGUUGAUCUACGACAGCAGUGAUGAUUUAAACGUCAUCGAACAUGUAGUUCCCUCGUGCAGCAUGAAAGUUCACGUUAUCAUUACGACGAGAUGCAGAGAUCACGAGCUGAUGCAAGAAGGUAAUGUGAUUCAACUGCCAGAGUUGGAUGAAGACGCAGCCGUCGAGUGUUUCUGCCUUUGGGCUGCAAAAUGCAACGAUGACAGAAAGUUGUCAGAAAAGGAAUGCAAUGAGAUCAAGGGCAUAGUGACCGAUGGACAAGUGAAGCUAUUGCCACUGGCCAUUCGACGUGUUGCAACAUUGACGAAGAAAACCGGGGUUACUUACAGGGAGAUGAAAGAAAAACUGUCAUUGAAGACCGUGCAAAAUCCAGUCGAUGAUUUGAAGGACAAAUUACAUGGUUGGGGAUUGCAGCAUCUACAGCACAAGCUAACGAGUUUGGGUAUUGCACGGAUCGACCAAAUUUUGGCUGCCGAUGUCGCCUCACUGGCCAAAUCGUGUGACAUUUGUACGAGUGAUGAAGAGAAGCUGAGGAACAUGAAGGAAAGACUAAAUGUCGACAGGGAAGCACCGAUGCAAUGGGAUCUUGAUCUAGAGGAAGUGGGAAGAAGGUCCGAAGACGCAGAGAAAAUUCUCAGGUUUACUUCUCUGAUGGACACGAGCGCCAUUUCUACGGAUUUUCUUCGUGCAGCUGUGAUGCGUGACGGAGAGUCGAGGAUCGGAGGAAAUAAGUUUGAAGUCUCUCUACAUUUGCUGUCCGACGACUUUUCUUUGCUCACGUUGAAUGACGAGGAACGCACGUGUGAUAUUCAUGCGCUCGUUCAGCAGUCUGUUGUAAGCCACAUGAAGAGAAGAGACAAAUUAAUACCUUUUCUCAUUUGUUUGACAAAGUGUAUGCAAGACAUGUUACCAAAUUCUGACGCCAUACAACGCAACCUCAACAACAGCAAGUUGAUUGCAUUAACUCCACACGUUUACAGCGUUUGCGAUCACAUCUUGAAAUUGAAAUGUAUGCAGCAAGAAUGUCUAGAGCUCUUGGACUUUUCUUGUGUGCUGGCAAUUUGUUUGUACGACAGUGCAACAGCCAAGCAUUUAGCAGAAGAGAAAUUGAAAAUCCGUCGUGUAUUCGGCACUCGCAGUAUUAACGAUGCAAUUCAAAUGAGCACCAGUCUGAUUGAUGUUGGUGAUGCGUACGAUCUAAAGAGUAGACCUGAUAUGGGAAAGCCAUACUUUGAAGAAGCCGUACAAGUGUUGCAAGCAUUUGGCGAAGACAUUUCUCUUCCUAAAUUAUAUGGUGUUGCUUUAGACCGGCUAGCAUGUUGCUACAUUAAACUGAAAAACUUUGAAGAUGCAGAGCGGUUGAUUAAGAAAGAGAUUGCCUUUCACAGAGAACGGGGAGAAGACGAUGCGAGCAUAUCAGUUGCUCUAAAUAACCUUGCUUUCAUAUAUAAAGAAGUGGGGAAAUUCGACGAGGAGAUAAAGACAUACGAAGAGUCGCUCGAGUUGAAAAGGCGAUGCGAUGAUAGGAAUCUAGUGGAAAUGUCUACGAUUGGAAAUUAUAAGUCAAUGUUUUCUAUUUUAACUCUCAUCAAUCUUGGUUCCCGCUACAGAGAGAGCGGAAAUCUUGAGAAAAGUUUGAGUGUACUGGAGGAGGCAGUCACAAUCAGCCGGUCAUGCUACUCCUCUUCUCAUCCCUCCUUGGCACUUGCUAUAUAUCAUCUUUCUCAUACGUACGAUUUACUUGACAGAAAAGAUGACGCUAGGAAAUUGGCAAGAGAAGCAUUGGAUAUUGCAAACGUAUCAUUACCGUCAUCACAUCCUCAAUUGGCCGAGUAUAUGAACGGUGUCGGUCUUUGUUUUUUAUCGCGAGGAGACUCCGACGAAGCCAUAGUGUGGUAUAAGAAAUCUCACCAAUUGCUGCAACAACUACCUGCUUCACCUACACGAGACGAUUUCUUUGCAGAAAGUUAG